AGCAACAAAAGUUAGCCAGUUGACGCCCUUCUGAGUCAAUCUCCUAUAGCCAAUCAAGGUCCGGCCCAGCAGCAGCCAAGCCACUGCUCCAUUCAUGGGGUUGCUCGACGAGUGCUGCGACGACUGCCGCUGCUACAGCUGCCGGGACUUCUGGUGGUGCAUCCUCUGCCUCGCCAUCCUCGCCGCCGUCGCCCUCGUCGCCGUCCUCGUCGCCGCCUUCGGCUUCGUCCGCCACGUGAGUGUCACCGUGGACGACGCCUCCCUGACGCGCCUCGCGCUCGUCGGCGGCGGCGGCGCGCCGGCGCUCGCGUACAACCUCUCGGUGACGCUCACCGUCCGCAACCCGAACUGGGCGAUGAGCAUGGCCAACACCAAGCCGCUCGACGCCGCGUACAGCUUCGACGGCCAGCAGUUCGACCGCGUGCGGCUCGCCGGCGAGGGCGACAAGCUCCCCGCCGGCAAGACCAGGGUGUACAGGCUCACGUCGGGCUCCGGCGGCGCGCCCGUGUCGCUGGGCAACGCCGGCGUCGCCGAGUUCGCCAGGGAGAACGCCACGGGGGUGUUCGAGGUGGAGGUGGCGGUGAGAGGGGAGGUCAAGUACACGGCGCGCCCCGCCAAGUGCGCCAUCGAGGCCACCUGCCCGCUCAAGCUCCAGCUCGCGCCGCCGGGGCAGGCGGCGCCGGCGGCCGUCGUGUUCCAGAAGGUCAAGUGCAAGCUCGCCAAGGCAGAGAAGCACUGCUAGGCCGCCGAAAAUGCCGGAUGAUGAUGUUCAUAAAUAAUCUCUGCAAGCUGAUGCUGGUGGCGAUCGACUGUUAGUUGUCAUGCAUGUUUGGUGUUAGUUUGCAAUGCGUUUCGUCUGCACUCUGGCACUCUGCACUGCACGAACCAAAACUAUGGAACUUGCUGUUUAAUAAUCUUCUGCAGUUAGGUAGCUAGUCACUGCUCUCGCUCGUAACAACCUUGCUUUGUUAGUUUGCGAAGCUUAAUUCUCUGUUUAAUUUGUUGCAAGUGGUACGUGACACCAAUAAGAAGUAGAGGGUCUCACUUGGUCUUCAUUUUUAA